AUGAAUCAAGACGAUGAACGCCCAAACAAUUACGCCAUUCUGAUUGGCGUCAAUGACGAUGGGAUGCAAGCUUGUGUGCAUGACGUUAACAUCAUGCGAGAAGUUCUUCGUGAACUGCCACUUUCCAUCGAUUUACGGAUUCUGGAAAACAGCUAUCCAAAAGCUGUGUCGCUACUUGAGCCGCCGCCGGUGCGGCCUACCCCAGAUAACGUCAAGAAAACGCUAGAAAAUGUCACGGAAAACGCUAUGCCGGGUGGGUUUGUGUACAUCCACUUCUCCGGGCACGGCAAAGAGGUUGUCCUAAACGGGACCCCCGGCGGCGACGUCGAGUUAGCUCUUCUCCAAGAGACAAGCGAUGAACUGGCCAUGCUGAGUGGGAAGGAUGUAGCACUUCUGAGCAAGGCGAUGGUGGACAAGGGCUUGACCGUUCUACUUGUCUUGGACUGCUGCUUCUCGGGUGCAACCUUGCGCGGCGCCGCCGGCAAUAAUGCCAAUAUCGACGACCGAUGCAAUGAACGGCAUUGUCAGGCACCGCUUGGCUACCGUGACGCUACGAUGCUGCCGAACUGGAUGGUAAACCCAGCCGGGUUUACCAUCCUCGCCGCCUGUGGGCCGCACGAGUCAGCUGCAACUUUAGGCCUACCUUCGAAGCAAGCAACCUACAGCGCAUUCACGUACUCCCUCUACGAGUCACUUAUUGGUGUUAACGCAACGUCAAAAACACUCUCCGAGAUUUACGCGAACCUUUGUCUCAGGUUCAAGCGCAUGCGCCAGUUGGCCACACAAACCCCGAUGUUGUACGGAAACGGCAAUAUACGCUUCUUUGGCCGGCCAGUGGAGGCAAAUGGUGCGACUCCAAGGGCUGCGGCAUACUGGCCGUCUGGCGACGAUGGCAAAAUAUCGUUGCAAGUUGGCGAGGUUCACGGGUGCUGUGUCAACGAUGAAUUCGUCCUAACACCUUACUAUGACAGCGUUGCUGCUCGUGAGACUUCAGCACGCGCCGUCACCGUCGGCCCCCUAUCUUCGGAGCUGGCAGUUUCCGGCGCCCUAGGCACGAGAGGUAACGAAACCCGAUGGACAGUGACGUCAACUACGCGCUUGGCCCUCCAACGCUUCCUUGUUCAAGUCUCCGAGGAGUGUCCCAAGCUGGAUGAAUGGCGCGAUGCCAUUAGGAAACAAACGUACCUGAACAUCUGGAUCGCAAAAGAUGGCAAUGAAUCUGUUGCAUUUUUUAUUGAGCCGAACACCGAGGGAGGGAUCAACAUCCUCGACAGUACUAAGAAGCCCGUCCCACGGCUCCCCGUCAUGAAUGCCCAAGACGUGGAGGGUAAUCUGCGCAUGGUCGAGCAUUUGGUCCGAUUCAAGCAUAACUCUGCAGAGGUUCAGACUCGUUCCCCCCAGGAUCCCGAAGUCGAAACGCUACACGAAAACCAAGUUGUUAUCAGAAUCAAGAACUACAGCGACUCGACGUUGUACGCCCAACUCCUCGAUCUUGGUCCUCGCUGGCAGGUGCAGCACAUUGCGUCCGGCGUUGGCGAUGCGAUCCCACCCGUCAGAUACGGGGGCGGGCUGAAGGAGAGAACAGUCACGAUGACGCUCCCAGCCAACUAUAGCGCAGGGGUGGACCCAUAUUAUGACAUUUUGAAAGUCUUCCUCUCAACCUCUCCAAUUGAUCUCUCGUUAUGGGAGCUACCGGACAUUGGGGGAGCAAGGGUGCCAGCGGACUUGAAGCUUGAGAGCCACAGGACCGACCUCCGGGCGGAAAACUGGGCUGCGAUGAACUUCUACAUCAGAACUGUUCGAUCAACUACGAGCGGAAAUCAGAUACAAAUCCCCUACCCGCGUGAAACAGAAACCUAUUGCCCACCCAUCGACCUGUACCUCAACAGGAGGCUCCUUGCCUUCGAGGAUCGGGUUAGGAUAUCAGAGGAGGCGAGGCUAAUCCGCCAGACCCCUGCCACAAUCGCUGCGAUCCUGCGGCGGAGGCGCAGAAGGGGGAGGGGAAGACCUCGGCGGGAGAUAGACGAUAUAGCAACGGCACCAGCGGAAAAAGGCUCAGGAGAAUGGAAGAAGAGGUGGGCACAGGAGUGGGCCCCCCUCGAGUCGAGGCCGGAAAAGGAGGAGCUAGAGCCAGGGUCAACCGGCCCAGUACCAAACCACAAGAAACAGCUCGAGAGGUGGAUGGAGGAGGCAAUGAGAAGGGAGUGGAUUGGAAGAUGGGAGAGUGAGGUAGCUAGGGUGGUCGCUAGGAACCCGGGGCGGGCCCUCGAACCGGCCGAUGCGACCGCGCGGUUCGACGCCUCUAUCAUGAACCGACACCGGUCGAGGGACCCAGCCUGGGAGCUAUCGAAGGCGAAGAGUACUCUCCUAGUGCAAGCGAGGACCGGGAAGAUUGGGCUUCGAGGGUUCCUCUUUACUAGGAGGGUCCCCGAGGUAGUAACGCCGGUAUGCCGCUGCGGUAUGGCGCGCGAGACAUUCGAACACCUCGUACUCGAAUGCAACGGAGCCGCAGAUAAACCUCAUCCCUGGCCAGACGACGGCGCAGAGCUACUGGAGUGGCUAGAUGACGUGGAGAAGGCUGCCAUAGUGGUGGGGUGGGUGCUUGGGCUGGGGAGGCUGAACGAGUUCCGGCUGGCGGUAGAGCUGGAAAAUGAGAACAACGAAGAGGCCCGCGGCGGGGCCGAAGCGGAGUAG